ACGGUUUUGGAGAUACCCAGAAUGGAUAAGUUCUUAACUCACAGUGAUAGUGAUAGAGAUAACGAUAAUGAAGAUCGCAUGGAUUUAGGUAGCGAUGAGGAAUUUUUUGGGGGUGCUGCCGCUUCUGACUCGGAGGAUGAAAUGAUCGAUAAAGUUCAAAAGAGUAAGAAGAAGGUAUUUGAUGCGUUUAAAGGGAGUGACGAUGACGAUGAUGAUGAAAGCGACCACGAUAAACCCCAGGGUCUCAAACUCAAAGGAACAGAAUCCUCCAAGGAUAAGGAGGAGAUUGAUAAUCUAAGUGAAUUGUACAGAAAGGCUAAAAUCCAAAAGGUCAAAAACAAGAAACCAAAGGGUAAGACCGGUGUUGUAUACAUUUCCAAGAUUCCACCGUACAUGAAACCCACAAAAUUGAGACAAAUUCUUUCAAGAUUUGGUGACGUUGAUAGACUGUUCUUGAAGAGGGAAACAACGCAAAAGUAUCAGCAGAGGGUGAAACAAGGUGGUAACAAGAAGAUUAUGUACGAAGAAGGAUGGGCCGAAUUUAUAAGAAAGAAAGAUGCCAAACUGGCAGCUGAGACAUUGAACUGUAAUAUUAUUGGAGGAAAGAAGUCCUCUUUCUACUAUGAUGAUAUCCUGAACGUCAAGUACCUCUCUGGGUUCAAAUGGGCUGAUUUGACCGAACAGAUCUCUAAGGAAAACGAAGCCAGACAGAGUAAAUUACAAAUGGAGAUUUCACAAGCUCAUAAGCUGAACAAGACAUUUAUCCGCAACGUGGAAAGAUCCAAGAUGAUUGAGAAUAUCAAGCGCAAGAAACACGGAAAAGAUGGGCAUAAUGACGAUCAUGUUCAGGACGAUGAGACUCUGAGAAGAACCUUCGAACAGAGAAAAGUCACGACAACAAGGGCCAAUGCACCAGAAGAGUUCAAAAAGAAAGAAGAAAAGACAAGUAGGAUACUGUCGAACGUGUUUUAAAGAACUUACCCGUGUAUAAAUCGUAUAUAAAAGAGAUCUAUAAACAGUAUCGAAAUUGCCCCAA